GUGUGUGUGUGUGUGUGUGUGUGCGCGCCCUCCCAUUCACAUGUCUAAUGGGAAAGAGAUUCCAGCUGCUGUUCCAUGAGGGAAAGGGGAGGGAGAGUUUGCAGAGCGGCUCAGAGAGGUUUAGCUGCUGAAGGAAGAGAAGUUACUGAAAGGAGUAAAAUGGAACCAGCUGCCACAUCGUACACAUUCCUGUGUUUAUGUUUUCUGGCUCUUCCGACAGAGAUGAUCGACGCUGCACCAACAGAGGAGUCUGUGGUGGAGGUGAAGAGGACCAGAGGCGACGUUCCUGAUAUCCUUCCAGAACCAGAACCAGAGCCGACCAGCCAAGCAUCGGACUUCGAAAACUCGUACAACUACGUCUUAUCUAGACUAGCCGGCGUAGAUCAGGCCAUCCACAGGCUGAACGUUGGUCAUUACACUCUGGAUGUUAAAGUCAGCCAGCUAAUCGACCGACUCUCCAAGCUGGACGCUAAAGUUGGAGAUUUGGAGGACAACAUCCAAGAGGUCUACCAACACAGCAAGGAUAAUCGCAAGGAGAUUGGGAGACUGGAAGGCUGCCACAAAGGACACAGACUGGGCUACAAAUGUUACCUAGUGUACAACAACUUAGCCGACUACGCGGGAGCAUCCAGGAAGUGCCUGGAACGUGGUGGACGCUUGGCGAUGCCGCGAGACCGCAAGGAGCAGGAGGCCCUGGCGGCGUACGUCAAGGCCUUCUUCAGCCCGGGGAACUGGCCCGUCUGGUUGGGCAUCAACGACCUGCGCUCCGAGGGGCUGUACCUCUUCGACGACGGCACACGGGUCUCGUACUUCCAGUGGCGUAAGCACUUCCUGUCCAGUCAGCCGGACGGAGGAAAACGAGAAAACUGUGUGGCCAUGUCGUCGGACGACGGGGACUGGUGGGACCACUACUGCGACCGGAUCAUGAACUAUGUCUGCGAGUUUGACGACAGGGUGGCACUUUGAAACGAACUCUUUAAAAACUGUUUGUUUUUUUCCUGAUAAUGCCAGUAAUUCAAACCUGAAUGUGUAGCUCUUUAGAAAUAAAAAAGGAAACAUUUUA